UUAAUCUAAAGAUUCUAAAAUCAUAUCUCCUACAAGCAAGAUGGAAAACAUUACGGCUGCGGUAUCCCAACCGAACAUUAAAACUUUCGAUUUUGAACUGCGAAAGAAAUGGAUCGACCUUAUCGUUGAUGAAUUAGAAGAUAACCUGCAGUUAUUUUUCUGUCUUGUAAACAGUAUUCAAAAUUUGCGUCACUCUCAAGCGCGAGAAGAAUCAUGGACCGAAAUCUAUAAGCUAUCGAAAUUGGAGCCGAUCGAUUUGAUAGACCGAUUAAAGUCCUUGCAUACAAAAUUGGGCUUCUGUAGAUAUGAAAUUCCAGAUAAGUAUGAAUACAUCUUGAGAGAGGUACAAAGAUUACGACGAAUGUUGCCCAUUGAAAUCGAAACUCUUCUCCCAUACAAGCGACUGCGCACACAAGACGAGAAGCUCCAGUGGAUCACAAACAUUCUGGUCACCAAAACAAAAAUUCAAAGUUUACGGAAUAAAAUUCAAACUACACAGAGUGCUACAGAAGAAAUGAAACAGGAAACUGUAACGUUGAUCGACGGAAGUUCCGAUGAAAUUCAACAAAUUAUUGAUGAGUCCCAACAGGUGCUGAUUGAACUAAAACACGCCGAAGAUCUGAAGUUUGCCGAUCUUCAAAAUGAAACUUCUAGAAAGACGUUAGACUUAGGCAGCCUCACCGAGUAUCACAAUCUAGUGAACGAACAUGAUCAAAAACGUCGAAAAAUCACCAAACUGACGGUUCAGUUGCAGUUGUGGAUAAAGCAGUAUGACAAGUUUGUUGGAGAGCCCAUAAAGGAGCUGCAAGAGUUAGAAGAAGAAGUUGACCAGUUUGAAGGAUGGAAAGAAACCGUGUAUGAUCCCCAAAUGGAGCGGUAUGAAGCACUAAAAGCAAGUGUUGAUCAGUUUGAGUCCGAGCUGAUCGAGGAGCAGGUUGGAAUGUUUCGGAUAGCACAUGCUGCUCGCAUAAUCCAAAGGGGUUGGCGAAGGGUACUCGAGAAAAGGAAACGAAAGAAGAAAAAUAGAAAGAAGGGCAAGAGGAAGGGCAUGGCAAGAGUUGCGAAAAUUAAAAGGAAAUAAGAGUUACUUGAAGGAUUGCCUUGGUUCGAUGCAAAUAAAUCUCUAUUUAGGAAAAACUAA